AUGAACCUCUGGUGGUUGAUUUUCUUUCUCGGAACAACAAAGGCUAUGGACAUGCACUACGCCACAUCGACACGAGAUUCGGCUACCCUGCUAAAGAUAGAGGACGAACUUAUUGAGUAUACGCGUCAGUAUGCGAGGGAAUUGCAACUUAAAGUAAACACAAUGAGGGAUUUCCAGAAAGAGUGGAUGACUAGAAGAGCACUGGGGCACGCGGAUCCAACAAUCUAUGUGUCUAAUCCCUUAAUAAGUUUCCCUCUCAUGCGACGAAUGUACACUGAUGUCCAUAGGUGGAUGGAAAUCGCUCGACAAGAGGUCAAACAAGGGCCUCUUCAAAAGUUGGUAGGCACAGAUUUAACUGCAGUUUCAGAAAUGGAACUCGAAAUGGCUGCCACCGGCUUGCUGCGCAUUCAGAGCGUUUAUGGCUUGAAUGAAAGCGACAUGGCCAAUGGCAAAUUACAUAACAAACAGUACAAAUCCAGACUGAGUUCCGCUGAUUGCCUAGCUUUGGGCAUUCAUUUAGAGAGUCUGCAAAAGGGUAAACAUGCCUGCAAGUGGUUGAAAAUUUCGCUAGAUCAGUAUGAGGAUAAGUUGGAUCCAGUAAAUCGGUUACUUCAAACAGGCCGCUCUCAAAUCUAUGAAAAACUGGGCUUAACUUUGCUCUCAUUGCAUGACUUGCCAGCCAGUCAAGCUGCUUUAAAGAAGUCAGUAGAUUGGGCCUCCAAGAAUGAUAAUACUUAUCUGGCCAAUCACUUGGUCGAUAACUUGUCUCACAUGUUUGUGCAUUUGGAUAACUGUAGGGGGAAAAACCUCCUUCCGAGGAAAUCCUCCCUUCGCUGUCGAUAUUUUACAGAAGGUUCUCCUUUUCUAGGCCUAGCUCCUUUGAAGCUCGAGCAGCUCAACUUUGAGCCUUUCAUUGGCCUCUUUCAUAAUGUUAUUUCACCAGCAGAGCAGAAAGACUUAUUAACCAUCACAAAAUCAAGUUUAGAGACAAGAAAAUUAGAUCGCUCUAGUGUAGAGGCAGAAGUGCAGGCGAAUGCCACGAGCAAUGUAGAACGGCUUCACAGAAGGCUUGAGGAUAUGACAGGACUCAAUUUGGAAGAAAGUGAACCGCUAACAGUGUCUAACUUUGGCAUUGGAGGUCAGCACUUUAUCCAUUUGGACUGCAAACAACCUAAGGAGUUUGUUGAACCUUUUGACAAAGAAUAUCGAACGGCCACUGUGCAGCUUUAUCUAAGUGAUGUUCAGAUGGGUGGCUAUGUCUCCUUCCCGGACCUGGGUUUUGGCUUUAAGCCCAAUCGCGGAUCGGCUUUAGUUUGGCACAACAUCGACAACUCCGGGAACUGUGACAUUCGAAGUUUGCAGGGCACCUGUCCAGUGCUCCUUGGAAAGCAAUGGGUGGCCAGAAAAUGGAUCAGUGGGUCAGGCCAGUGGCGCAGGAAACCCUGUCGGAAGUAAAGAAAAAGCGGUUUUCCAUUCGGUUUUUUUU